AUAAUACUAUAGUAGUAGGAUAGCUCGUAGUCGCAGCGAAAAUUCGCAGAUAUGUAUUCAUAUCCCAGUCGAAUUGAGCUAACUCAAGCCUAUGAGAAACGGUGGCUGACGCGUUAAUAAGGGAAAAAGAAGAAAAGGGGGUCCGGAUAGUUAUCCAAAGAAGAAUACGUUAAAUCCAGUCUCCGCCAGAUAAGUAGAACGGACUCGAACACGCAGUGUUCGAAAAGAGAAUAAAGGCUGGUUCUACAAUACUGCGGCGAUCAGCGCGACUUCGCGAAUCGCGUCGAAUACAAGUGGUAUAUGGUAUAAGUAUACUUGGUAGUCGGUAUACUCUGCAGUAGUGGUGUGUGUGUGUGUGUGCGCGCGCGUGAGUAAAACUGAAAAGUGAAACUAUAAAAGUGGUGCGAGCAUAGUGCAAAGUCGAGACUUCUGAUUCUCCUGAAAGAGAAAGAAAAGUGUCGUUUCUGAUACAACCCGGCUAUUCGGCUCAAGCAACCUGUCCACGCAGCAAAUAAAUACCUUUACGAAGACGCGCACGCUCGAAGCAAGUACUUAGCUCCGAUACCCCCCGACGACAACACAACGCAAUCAGCAACUCGGUUCACCUUCUAAGACUUUCCCAAUCCCCGCAGAGUCAAAGUCAGGAUAAUACCCCGCAGACUUGCGCUAAUCGGCUAAUCCUAAUCCUCAAUUCCUCAGUCUUCGCACACAAACAGACUCCGGCUUGCACACGUACGCCACACAGCGCGCGCUUUCCGGACUCGGCGGAGAGUCACUUGCUCUGGUCUUUUCUUUCUCUCCCUGGCUGCCUGACUCCCUCUCACUCGCACUCGCACGUCGCAUCGCUUACACGGCGCUAGGUAUAACAUAAUAGGUAGUCGCGAGAGCGACAGAGACAGCAACGAGUAGUCGCUGUAGUCCUCGUCGAGGUCGUCGUCUGGCUCUGCUCGCUAGCGAAUCCUUUGCUUGCGCGAGCCCUCAUCGCUGGAGCUCCGCGAGACUAUGAUCUAGAGUGUAUGCAGCAGCAGUGGAUGGGGAUAGCCACAUAGCCACCAGGCUAUGGCCAAUCUGAACUUUGAGCAGCCACCUAGAAGCAUCGCUAAUGCAAGUCUAGCGACGCGUGCAGCUAACAGUGCUGGUGGUUUGAACUCUUCGACCCUGGCGGGUCAUGUCACUCCUACGUCCGGUAUGUUCUCGGGCUCAUCAACCAGCGCUUCUGGUGCAGCUAAUUCUGCAGUCAUUGGACCAAACUUGUCCUAUCACCCAGGGGGAGCAGCUUCGGGAGUGGCUGGUACACAAUCCACGUCUAACCAUCAAUCUCAGCAACAGCAGCAGCAACAACAGCAGCAGCAGCAGCAGCAGCAGCAGCAGCUUUCUCCUAUGAAUAGUAGAGGCCUGUUUGGUCAGAGAGCUUUUACUAGUGAUAGGCGGAAUAUGCCAACGUUAGGAAAUACUAAUCCAAUGGGUGGUAUGAGCGGUUUUGGAAUACCACAAAGUCGUAACUACGGAUCUCAAGGUACUAUCAACAAUUUUCAUUCAGCAUUUGGUAGUGGUACAAGUACCGGUGGCGGAGGAGACACAAGCACGCCUCCACUUUUGGACCUUUCUGAAUUUCCUUCGUUAACUAACCGGGGCCAAGGGGACUCUUCUAUGCCCCAACCUAGUCCCAUGCCAGGAAAACAACCAUAUGUUGGAAUGGUCAAACAACCAACGUCUGAAGCAAGCGAGUUUACAAUGAGCUCGGAAGAUUUUCCUGCGUUACCAGGAACACAAAGUAGAGACGGCCCGUCGCCGGGAGGUAGCGUUAUGUCCGGUGAAAAGGGGUUGUCCGUCGGUUUGGGUCCGGAUUUAAAUCCAGACGUGCUGCAAGCUAACAGGACGUCCAACUCGGAUAAAUCUCAAUCGUCGAAGAAAGGCAUUCAAACAUCGCCCGAUGGAAAAGUGACGAAUAUACCCGCGAGCAUGGUGAAAGAUCAGUUUGGCAUGGUCGGAUUGUUGACAUUCAUCAGAGCAGCUGAAACAGACCCUAAUCUUGUGACGUUAGCGCUAGGUCAAGACCUGACGGCGCUUGGCCUUAAUCUCAAUUCGCCCGAGAAUCUUUACCAAAAUUUCGGUGGCCCUUGGGCCGAGACGCCAUGUCGACCGCAGGACAUAGACUUUCACGUUCCACCAGAGUACCUCAUUAAUGCUACCAUCAGGGAUAAACUCGCGCCUGUAAAGUUAAAUCGAUAUAAGGACGAUCUCUUAUUCUAUAUGUUUUACACGAACGUUGGGGAUGUGUUGCAAUUAGCAGCUGCAGCGGAACUGUACAGCCGCGAGUGGCGAUAUCACACUGAGGAAAAAGUGUGGAUAACGCAGGCCCCGGGCCUCGGGCUUGUCGAGAAGACCUCGACUUACGAGCGCGGUACUUACUACUAUUUUGACGCGCAGAACUGGCGCAAGGUUGCUAAGGAGUUCCAUCUCGAUUACACGAAACUCGAGGGCAGGCCGCAUCUUCCCAACACUUUCCACCAGAAUCAGCCUUGACCGGGGCCACCUUCUACGCCUCCUCCGCUGCCACCGCCGCAGCCACCCUCGCCCAUCUGUACCCACACGACCAGGUGAAUCGUAAGCGCGCACUUGUAAGGAUGACGACGUCCAUGAACAGUGUAGCUUGCACCGCCUUUCGUCAAGAUGUGGCGACAAAACGGAUAAUAUUAAAAAAGAAGAAACGAGUUUGGUGACAGAAGAGCGAGCAACAGGCGGUGAAGAGAGAAAAAGAGAGAAAGAGAGAAAGAGAGAAAGAGAGAGACAGAGACGCAUACACAACACACUACAACAGCAAAAAAACACGGUCUUUCGCUGCUAGUAUUUUCAUGAUGAUCUGUGCCCGCGCAUAGUGACGGAGACACUUUGUGCUCUUGUGACCUUCGGCCAUUGUAUAAAUGAACAAAUUUAUCAGCUUGAAUAAAACGAUGAAAUUCACGGGGAUACACUCACAAUGUUGUUGAGAGCCCCUUUAAACAUUAGCGCUAUAUCGCUCGGCAUUUACAUACUGUACAAAAAUGAUAUUCAAAAGUCGAAUGCAAAGCUUUUUUUUUAUUGUGUUGUAUUGAUAUUUGCAAGAAAACAAAGAUAAUGAUUAGUCAAAAAGAUUGAAAGUAUCAGGUUCUUUCUCCUUUGCCGCCUGGCGGCCGCACGCUAGUCUGUGAACUGUUGCGUUUUUUUUCUCUUUUGAUUACCUGCCGAUUCGCAGUGGCUAGGUGAAACAUCCCUCAGAGAAGAUGUGUCGCUGUGAUUAAAGUUUAAGAUAGGCGCAGAGAUUGACGUAUGCAAUGAGUGUAAAAACUAUUUUUUUUUCUUAAUUUAUCUAAUAUACACAUUUCUUUUCAAAA